UAAAAUUAAUAAAAUAAUGUUUUGUCUUUGCUAAAUGGAGGACAAAUUAUUAGAAUUAUACAUUAAAUUAGAUGAAAUUAAGGAAUAUAUUUGCAAAUUGGGACCAAAAAGACGUACGGGACCCACUUAUGAAUUAAAAAUAAAUGAAGCCAAUUCGCUUAAUAAUAAGUUUGAGGAAUGUGUGCAACUUUUGCCUUCGUCUGUAUCUAAAGAAAUUUUAGGUAUUUGUAUAAAUAUAAGAAAAGUUUAUUCUAAGAUUUUAAGUUAUAAGAUUCUCGAAAAAAUGUCGGAAAAUUUUUGCUUGAAAACGGCGGUAAGCCUAUUACCGAAGAUGAAUGGUGACGAGUCCGUCACUCGAGAGCUUAUUGAUGCUAUAGAAUUAUAUAGUUCUAUGAUUUCUAAUGAUGGUAAGCAGUUACUCAUUAAUUUCAUCUUAAAAACGCGUAUUUCAGAUAGUGCCAAAAUGAGACUUAGGACGGAAUAUGCCGAUAUAAAUUCUUUGCUAAAAGAUAUGCGUUCUAGUUUACUGACAAUCAAGUCAGACACAUCUCUGCAAGCCCAAUUACAAAGUGCCAGGCAAGGGAACAAAUCGAUCAAAGAGUUUGGUAACGAAAUUGAGCGACUUUUUGUUGACCUUACUAUUUCUCAAGCUAACAAUGACCCUGAUGCGUACAAAAUACUGCGGCCCGUGAACGAGAAAAAUGCAAUAAAACGUUUUUCGGACGGGUUGCAAAGCCAACGGUUAGGAACAAUUAUUGCGGCCCGAAAUUUUUCUCAGUUAAAGGAUGCCAUUCGCGCAGCUGAAGACGAGACUAGUUCUCGCCCAGAACAGAUCGCAUCCUACUCGAAAUCUAGGAAUUAUAAUUCAUUUAGAGGUCGAAAUAAUUAUAAUCGUUUUCAAUAUUAUCUUCCUAGACCUAUGCAUAAUAACAUGCUAUAG